AUGCUCCUGUUCUACUUUUUGUCAGUUCUCGCCCCGUUGGUCAGGACGAACGCUCCUGAAGUGAGCGCGCUAACAUCCAGCACCGAAAAUGAGCUCGAAGGACAAGCGUCGAUCGCAGCCUGUCCUAGCGAGAAUUUGUUCUCUCUGAGGGCGUGCGAAGCCAAAUCAAACUGUACUAAAAUCUCCACAAAUGCGGACAAGGUCAGCUCCGAAUUGCUGAAAAAAGAGGGAUGGUGCGCUCCCUCAAGCGACGCGCUGCAAGUUGACUUUGACGAGGAAACGACCGUAGAAGAGAUUGGAAUUACUCAAGUUGGCGGGCGUCCUUUGCCGAAAUACAUCAAACUGGAUUACUUUAAAAAAGCAUUGGCGAGUUCAAGCGAUACGUGA